GAAAAUUGCUCAACCUCAUUCGGUAUUCGAAAAAUGGGAACAAAGUGUUCGCCAAAAAGUUGAGUCAAUAUCCAAUCAACAAUUAAUGUUUGCCGCUGCAGAGGAAAACAUUGUUGAAAAGGUGCUUCAAUAUAUAAAGGUCGGAGCAGAUCAAAGCGCAAAAGAUUUUAAACAUUGGAACAUUCUUCACUACGCUGCCAAAGGCGAUAGUUUAAACAUAUUCCAAUAUUUUGAUAAUAAAGACCUGCAUGAAUGCGAAUACCAGGAAGGUAACAAGCCGAUACAUAUUGCGGCUGAUUUUGGAAGUUUAAAAGUUAUAGAUUAUUUGAUACAGGUUACAAAACUUGACAGAAAUGAAAUGAUCAAUGCAACACAAAAGAAUGGUUGGACGCCAUUGCACUUUGCAGCACGAAAUGGUCACAUACACGUCGUUGAAGCUUUACUGAAAAAGAAUGCUUCUGUCGAUGCAACGGAUACGGAAAAUUGGACACCGAUGCACUUUGCAGCACAAAAUGGUCACAUAGAAAUAGUUAACACUUUACUGGCUAAAGGUGCGUCGAUAGAUGGCACAAAAAAUAAGCGGUUCACGCCAUUGCACAUCGCAGCGCAGUAUGGUCGCACAGAUAUUGUUAUCACUUUACUGUGUAAAGGUGCUAAUGUUGAUUCUACGGGAAUUGACGGUUGGACACCAUUGCACAUUGCUGCACAAAAUGGCCACACAGAAACGGUUAACGCUUUACUGACUAAAGGUGCUAAAGUUGACGGUACAGAGAUUGACAAUUGGACACCACUGCACUUUGCAACACAACAGGGUCACACGAGUGUUGUUAAAGCUUUACUGGCUAAAGAUGCUAACACUGAUGCUAAGGAAAGUGACGGUUGGACACCUUUACAUUUUGCAGCACAACAUGACAACAUAAAAGUCGUUAACGCUUUACUGACUAAAGGUGCUACAGUAGAUGCUACGGAUAUUGACAGCUGGACACCAUUGCAUUUGGCAGCACGGCAUGGGAACACAGCUAUCGGCAACACUUUACUGGCUAAAGGAGCAUCAAUUGAUAGUACGAAUAAUAGGAAUUUAACGCCAUUGCACUUAGCAGCACGAAAUGGUCACACAUGUUUCGUUAACGCUUUACUGACUAAAGGUGCUGACGUCGACGCUAUAGACUUUGAAAGUUGGACACCAUUGCACUUCGCAGCACAAGGUGGCCACACAAAGAUAGUUGAGGCUUUGCUAGCUAAAGGUGCUAAAAUUGAUGCGAUGGAAGAUAAUUGCGGGACACCAUUGCACAUCGCAGCACAAAAUGGUCACGCAGAAGUGGUAAUCGCAUUACUAUCUAAAGGUGCAAAAGUUGAUGCAAACGAAAAUCAAAGUUGGACAGCAUUGCACUUUGCCGCACAAAAUGGUCACGAAAAUGUGAUUCAAGCUUUGUUGGCUAAAGAUGCCCCAAUCGAUGCUACAAACAAUAAAGAUUUUACGCCAUUGCACAUCGCAGCACAAAAUGGUCACACGAUGUGCCUUGACACUUUACUAGCUAGAGGAGCUAAGCUUGAUGCAACGGGAAUUGAAAAUUGGACACCUUUGCACAUUGCAGCACAAAAUGGUCACACAGAGGUAGUUGUCGCUUUACUAGCUAAAGGUGCUAAAGCUAAUGCUACAGAUAUUAACAAUGAAACACCAUUGCAUAUUGCAGUACAAAACGGUCAUGCAGAAGUGAUUAACGCUUUACUGAUUAAAGGUGCUAAAGUGGACGCUACGGCAAAUGACAACUGGACUCCCUUACACUUUGCAGCCCAGAAUGGUGAAAUAGAACUGAUGAACACUUUGCUAACUAAAGGUGCCACCAUUGAUUCUAUAAAUAAAUAUGGUUGGACGCCAUUGCACAUUGCAGCAAAACAAGGUCACACAGAUUGCGUUAAAUCUUUACUGAUUAAGGGCGCCAAAGCUGACGGUACGGGAAUGAAAGGUUGGACACCAUUGCACAUUGCAGCACGAAAUGGUCACACCGGUGUGGUUAAUGCUUUACUGACCAAAGGUGCUCAAGUCAAUGCUAGGGAAAUUGAUAAUCGGACAUCAUUGCACAUUGCAGCACAAUUUAGUCACACGGAGGUGAUUAACACUUUACUGACCAAAGGUGCUAAAGUUGAUGCAACGGACGUCAACAAUUGGACACCAUUGCACUUUGCUGCACAAAACGGGCACAUAGAAAUUGUAAACGCUUUGCUAACUGAAGAUACUUCAAUCGAUGCUACAAAUGAUAAGGGUUUUACUCCACUGCACAUCGCAGCACAUAAUGGCCACAAAGCCAUCGUUAACGCUUUACUGACCAAAGGUGCUAAAGUUGACGGUACGGGAAUGAAAGGUUGGACACCAUUGCACAUUGCCGCAUUAAAUGAUCAUAUCGAUGUCGUCAACGCUCUACUCACUAAAGGUGCAAAAGUUGAUGCUACGGAAAUUGACUGUCGAACACCACUGUUCAUCGCAGCACAACAAGGGCACAUACAAGCAGUUCACGCUUUGCUGGCAAAAGAUGCACAAAUUAAUGCUACGAAUAGUAAGGGUUGGACGUCAUUGCAUAUCGCAGCACUAAAUGGUCACACCGGUGUCGUUAACGCUUUAUUGACCAAAGGUGCAAAGGUUGAUGCUAGGGAAAUUGAUAAUUGGACACCAUUGCACUUUGCAGCACAAAACGGCCACACAGAGGUGGUUAACGCUUUACUAGCAAAAUGUGCUACAGUUGAUGCUAUGGGAAUCAACAAUGAGACACCGUUGCACAUUGCAACUCAAAAUGGUUACACGGAAGUUAUUAGAGCUUUACUGGCCAAAGGUGCUAAAGUUGACGCAACGGAUAUUAACAAUCGGACACCAUUACACUUUGCAGCACAAAACAGGCACAUAGAUGUUAUCAACACUUUGCUAGCAAACGAUUCUUCAAUCGAUGCUGCAAAUGAUAAGGGGUUUACCUCAUUGCACAUCGCAGCACAGAAUGGUCAUACAGAUGUCGUUCGGGUUCUACUAACAAAAAAUGCUAAAGUUGAUGCUACGGAAAUUAACGGUUGGACACCAUUACACAUUGCUGCACAAGAUGGUUAUCCAGAAGUGGUAAACGCUUUACUGACUAAAGGGGCUAAUGUUGAUGCUACAGAAGCUGACAAUUGGACACCAUUGCAGCACAAAAUGGUCACAUAGAGGUUGUUAACGCUUUACUGACUAAAGAGGCUAAUGUUAAUGCUACGGAAAUUAAAUGUUGGACACCAUUACAUAUGGCAGCGAA